AGCGUUGGGGCGUCUACAUAUUAAUACAUAAACUGCAGUGAUUAGCAUUGUGUCCAACCUUCUCCCGUCCUUGUGCUCCUUGGCCAACCAACGGCUUCGUUCCAAAGCACGCAGGCUCCUACGAGGCAGCUUCAGAAAGUCAUAACAUAAAGCCUAUUGACUGUUUUCUCUGCAUGCGUAACUCGGCGCGCCUAUUUCCUUCACAUUUAAGGCAAAGCCGAAGCAUCUUCACAGCCUCGCCCUUUAUCGCAACAAGGCUAUCGCACUCAACCAAUUCCAGAAACAUCUUACGAGGUAAUCGGAACCCGCAAGCCCUGAGAUAUCGCGCGUCUGCUGCGCGGUCGUUACCUUUACCUUCCAUCGACACCAUGGAAAACAUCAAGGUGACCUUCACGCCGGUUGCUUUAACCGCGGACAGUCGGCCCUCCCUGGCCCGCUCGGGCGCCUGUGCCGCCGCUCUGCCCGCCUGGCACCCUCACGAUGCCAUCAUGCUGGGGGGCUACACAGAGGAGUGGCCGCAGCAACCGCAAGCACAACCGACGCCCCGGAGGGCUCCGUGCAUGGAGGCGUGGACGUUCACUGCGGCUGACGGUGGGAGAUGGCACCACGUGAAGUUCGAGGAAGGCAGCCCCGUGCCCCAGCCCCGUCUAACCAGCCAAGCAGUGGUGGUGGGUGAUGAGCUUUGGCUAGUGGCCGGAUGGAACCCAGCGGCUGCUGCUGCUGGCGGCGGCGGCGGGGUCGGGAGUGACCCUGGGUCGGUGGAGGCGCAGCCGUUCCUUAACGACGUAUGGGCUUUGGACUUGCGCAGCUACAGCUGGCGGCGGCUGGAUGUAUCGGGAGAGGACAUGCCCCGGAUCAGCAGGUUUGCCAUGGCACCCAUGCCUGACGGUCGGUUGCUGCUUCACACGCACCGCUGCUCGGAACACAUCAUGAUUCUGGAUCCAGCAACCGCAACCGCAACGGCAACGGUUAAGGAUGCUACCGGAUUUGGUACGGCAGCUGCUGCUGGCGUUGAGACAGCAGCAGGGCAGCAGCAACAGCAACAGCCAACGCUGAGCUUUGUGCCCGUACGCGGCGUAUUCCCGGGCGAUCAAAGCCCGCCCUCUCGCGGCCUGCACUCCCUCACUCCCGCCGCCGCACCUCCGCCGGACCUCUUCCUCCCGCCGCCGCCACCAAUCCAGACCCCCGAGGCCGCCGUCACCGCAACCUCGCCAGCACCGACAACGGAAGUCGCAAAAGCAACGGCAGCAACAGCCGCAACAAGUGGCAGCGGCAGCGCUGGGAAACCGGAUGGUGAAGUGGAGGUGGAGACGAAGCCGCUUCGUACGGCAAUGUACGUGUACGGCGGAGCUCCUCAGUCAGGCCCUAUGUACGGCGAUCUGUGGGUGUUGGAUCUGGAUUUGCUGACAUGGCGGCAGCUGGCGCCGGCGGGGAUCCCACCGCAGGCCCGCUGCUCGCAUGUAGCUGCGGCUUUCGGUUCCUUGCCCUCCAGCCGUGGUGCUGCUGCUGCUGGUAGUGGCAGAGGCGAGGCAAGCGGCGCGGAGGAAGUGACGCCUGGCCGCUUCCUGCUGCUCAUGGGAGGGUCUUUCUACGAGCAACCCGGCCGCCUGAAGCCGCUGGGCGACGUUGCAGUGUACGACACUCAGACCAAUCGCUGGCUGGAGAUGGAGGUGGAGGGUACCCUGCCCAGCCCACGUAACGCGGCAGUCAUGGUACCGUUGAAGAGACAGGAAGCCAAGUCAACCGCCCCAACAGCAGGCGGCGCAGGCGGCCGCGAUGGAAGUGGAAGUGGUGGCAGCACCGUUGACCGUUUCGUGCUGCACGGCGGUUGGCGGCCGUUUGUGGAGACGUACAACGAUACGU